CCAGUGGCCAAAUAUAGAAUCAGUCUUCAGCUAAAUACCAUCGACCAAAGAUGUUCAACUUCCUCCUGUUUCGGUUAGUUACAAUCACUGGAUUGCUAUUUAUUAUUUUUGCCGAUAUCGAGACCAAGACCGAAACCAAAUGGAUCAAAAGUGCUAAAGUGGAUUUCGUAACGUUGGAAUUAUCCAAACCCGAAGCUUACAACCAAUUAGCCACAUUUAAUCAAAGUGAAACCAAUUUAGUGCCUAAUUCCACUAAGGCAGAAUUUCGUGGAAUAAUUACUGACAAAGGCGCAGGUCGAGGUCAUCUUCGCAAACGAAAAAAGUUCCUUAAAUUUAUGUAUCCGCUUUUGAUGGCUGCACUCUUUGCUAAGUUGGUUGUAGUACCAUUGUUUUUAAAGCUUCUAAUAGCAACAACAUCAUCGGCUUUUGUCAUGAGCAAAAUUGCCUUGGUUAUAUCGGCUCUAAUAGCACUUAGCUGGUUGUUGGGAGCAACACGAGAGAGGGCAAAGUUGCAAAUUGUUCAAUAUCCUGGACCAAGUGGAUCGAAGAAGAACUUAGGUGGCUGGAAUGUUCAGGACAAGUAUUCACCGGAAUACGAUGGAGGUUAUAAUUCGUGGGCUUAUGAUGACGCAGUGGCCGAUAACAAUGACAAACAUUUCUUCAUUUAGAAUAAGAUUUUUGAUGAAAAAUUUUUGUACGGAACAAAAAAAAAAUAUUUAAUAAAU